AUGGUAUUCUGGAAAGGUCAGUACUGGGCCAACCCACCCCCAGCCUCUUCUGUGGACAAAAAUCCUUGCCUUUACAGACUUUACUUUCAGCUGCGGAGGACAUUAAAAAAUCCACAAACACACCUUAAGAAGCCAGUGAUGGAAGACUCUACCCCUUGGAAAGGCCAUCUCACCUCCCAUUCUCUCUGCCCAGUAGAGAGGAAACCCCAAGCUUGGCGUUGGCAGCCAGGAAGUUCAUCGGAACUGGAAACCAUAGCAGCACCCCCCCCACCCCCCGCCCAACCGCUGGAAGCAACCAUGACGGCGGUGCUCAGAGCCCUUGCAGAGAUGUUCUGUGGUCUCUCUGAGCUCAUCACGGCACCUUCCUAUGCAAGAGUUUCAAUUCAAGACAUGGCCACCAAACGUGUGCGAGAACGUUCACAGCAGCUUUACUAUGACAGCCACAAGUGGCAAACAGCUGAAUGUCUGGCAGUGGAAUACCGGCCCAUGGGCUGUGCUGAGUUUGCUUCUGCCAUCGGAGCCACUCCUACUGUGGGCUGCUUCACUCCUGGAACCUUCACCAACCAGAUCCAGGCAGCCUCCCUCGUGUCUUCUGAUCGUUACUGA